AUGGCCGUGCGCUUCAGCCGGUUGGGCCGCUGCUGGCGGGGCCGCCUGGCCGGGCCGCGAUGGCUGCGGGGCCUGGCAGCGCCGCUCCACGCGCGGCAGCCGCUGAUCCCCGGGGUGGCCCGAGGGGUGGCCCCAGGGGUCGCACGGCACUAUGCAGGGGUCACGGGCCUCCCAGGGGCGCAGGCGGUGAUGGAGGAGAACUUGGCAGAUAGCGUGCUCAUGGUGGAGCCUAAGGGCUUUUGCUCCAACGAGGAGACCAUGCAGGACAACUCGUUCAUGGGCACGCUCAGCGAGCCCAUGACCAAGGAGCAGUUGCAGGAGGUGGUGCACGCGGAGUGGCAGGGGCUCGGGGACUUGCUGCGGGAGGCCGGGGUGGAGGUGCUGACAGCGACGGCAAAAGGACUGCCUGACGAGGUCUUCCCAAACAACUGGUUCUCCACGCACGGGGAUGGCCAGUUGGUCAUCUAUCCCAUGAAGGUGCCCUCGCGAGCCGCAGAGAUCCGUCCCGACAUCGUGGAGCGGGUGCGGAAGGAGUUCGACUUGGCAGAGCCCAUCUAUAACCUCAGCGAGUGGGCCAAAAGCGGGGUGGCGCUGGAGGGCACGGGAAGCCUGGUGCUGGACCGGUACAACCGGACCGCCUACGUGGCCCUGUCCAAGCGUGCGGACAAGAACCUUGCAGAGGUCUGGGCGAAAGAGAUGGGCUAUGAGCUUGUCACCUUCAAGGCCAAAGACAGGCAGGGGAAAGCCAUCUACCACACCAACGUGAUGCUGUCGGUGAACGUGAACUUCGCGGUGAUCUGCCCCGAGGCCAUCCCCGACCCCCAGGAGCUGCGGGCGGUGUAUGCGGCCCUGAAGAAGUCUAUGAAGGUGAUCGUACCAGUCACCAUGGAGCAGCUGGAGAACUUCGCCUGCAACUGCCUGCAGCUUCGGGGCCAGCAGGGUACUGUGCUCGCCAUCUCCGAGGCAGGGUGGAAGAGCUUGGACGAUUCGCAGCGGGCGGUUCUUCAGAACUGUGUGGAUCGAGUGGUGGCGGCGCCGGUGCCCAUGCUGGAGAAGCUCGGUGGCGGCUCGGUGCGAUGCAUGGUGGCGGAGCUCUUCAAGCGCCGGGCGCAGCUGCCGGAGAAGAGCAGCCAGCGGAACCUGAACCUUUGCGAGAGCGAGCACGGAAGGCUGGAGCUGGUCAUCGUCCACGAACCCGGCUUGGAGGUGGAUGCGGUCAUGCCGUGGACAUUGGACACCAUGAAGGUGGACGAGUGCUUCAACCGGGUGCACCUGAAGCAGCAGCACCGAGGCUUGACCUCGCUGCUGAAGACCCGAGGGGCGCAGGUGGUGCAUGUGAGGGACCUCCUCACCGAGGUGAGCCACCAGGGUGAAGAGGUGAGGAAGGAGCUGUUCGAGUCUGUGUGGGGCAAAGAGUUCGUGGCUGGCCAAAACUUGGAGAACCUCCACGUGGAUCAGCUUGUGGGUGGACUUUCGCGAGAGUGCAUGCAGUUCGAUCAGCCUCCCCUCAUGAACUUGUUCUUCAUGCGGGACCCGAUCUUCUCGGUGCCGGGGGGCUGGGCGGUCCUCGCGCGGCCAUACUUCCCCAUCCGCUUUCGCGAGUCCCAGCUCAUGCAUGCGGUGUUCCGGCUUCAUCCGAGCUUGAAGGGCGUGAAGCUCUACGACGGCCUCAUGGACGACCCCGAGGUGACCAUUGAAGGAGGCGACGUCUUGGUGGCAGAUCGGGAGACUGUGCUGGUGGGGGUCUCCCAGCGUACCAACGAGCGAGGCGCGGACAGGCUAGCUGAAUUCCUGUUCGCGCGCACCCCGGUGAAGCGGGUGGUCAAGGUCUUCAUCCCCAAGCAGCGUGCCUUCAUGCACCUGGACACGCUCUUCACCUUUGUGGAUCGUGGAACGGUGCUCACCAUGCCCUACUUCUGGUCCAAGCCAGAAGUCUACGCGGAGGUUGCGCGACGGGCGAACUUGCUGAAUGAGAAGAUGGGCAGCGAACAGCGACAGAACGUCGAGGAGUGGGUUAAGGAGCCGCCCAGGAUCGAAGUGAUGCUGAAGGGCAAUCCCACGCCGAAGAAGUACAAGCACGCGAUGACUGGCCUGCAGGCUGAGGGCAUCAUCGACAAGGCGCUUUUUGUUUGUGGCGCGGAGGGAACCUUCCCCAGCCCGGAGGCCCACGUGUCGGCAGCCUUGACGGAGCAGUGGAACGAUGCAGCCAAUGUGUUUUGCUUGUCUCCGGGGACCGUGGUGGCCUACAAAUGGUGCACCCGGACCAUUGCCCAUUUGGAGGACAAUGGCAUCGACGUGUUGGAGCUCGACGGGGUGGAGCUCAUGAAGGGUCGGGGGGGUGCCCGCUGCAUGACCUUCCCCAUGCGCCGGGCCUUGUCGCUGGAGGGCGUGUGA